AUGGAGAUCCGUAUGUUCAGCCUGGUUCUGCUGCUGGUGAUGUGCAGCGCAUUGCUUACUGAAGCCCAGAGCUGGAAGGAUUUCAAGAAUAAACAUAUCUUUGGCAAAAUGACGAAGAAUGCCUGUACAAAAGUAAUGAACCAAAAGAAACUCCCAGGGAGUGGCCCCUAUGUCAACAGCUGCAAAGAAAGAAACACCUUCAUAAAGGCCACAGAUCAACAGGUUAAAGCCGUGUGUACUGGAGCGGGAAAGCCUGUGGGUGGUAAACUUUAUAAAAGCGACCUUCCUUUCAGUGUGGUCACGUGUACCGGCAACCCCAAUCAAAGAUAUCCAAAGUGUGAAUAUAAAGGCAACGAGGACACGAGGAAAAUUACAAUAACAUGUGAGAAUAAGUUGCCUGUGCACUAUCAAGAAGACAAAGUUGUUGUUGGCUGA